GAUGUAGCCCCGUGUCAGCUCUUUCUGUCUAGUUAUCUCUUGUAUAUAUUUAUCUUUUGCUCUUUGAUGGCUACAAAACCCUGGACGCUGUUCUUGGCAGGGUUCCUCUCUAAAAGUGCAAAAGAUGGAUCUUUGGGCCCAGAAAAGUGCUGAAAAUGCAAAGCCCCCCUUGAGCAGUGCACCGACUGUACCACUGUAACCCAACAAGAUUUGCAGAAUGAUGAAGCCUCCAUUCCAGCUGGGUGGUGCUGACGUCCAGAGGGCCAUCCAGAAUGCUUGGCCCCAACUGGUGGACUUCCUCAGUCACCAUCCUGAGUGGGUGCUAGGGAAAGCCAAGCAGCUUCUCCCACGGGCAGACUUGAGUUGGGCUGAAGGAAUUGCCGACGAUAAAAAGAAGGUCUCGUUGGUCCUGGACUUGUUUCUCGGAGCUGCCGAUGCUGAGGUGCCUGUCUUCAAAGAGUUUAUACAAAGCGUCUGUAUGGAAUUCAACCUCCCCAUGGAGCUGGAAAUAGUAUUUAUGAGUGUGUCAGGAGAAGAUCAUGUAGCCCAAGGGCAAGAAGAUUUCGAAGAAGCUGCAACUCCGUCCCCACCAGCAACAGCACGUCUUGAAAGACGCCGUCCAUGGAGCUGCCCUUCCACGAGCAGCAAUGGCAAUCAAUCAAAGCAGCAACGGCUUGGCAUAUGUCUUGUUUGCAAGGGGGUGGGGAGCUUGGACUCUGGGGUCUGA